GAGUUAAGUUUCGUUUCUUAUUCCCAUGUAAACUUGUUUUGCCUCUCGAAGCGUUCGUUCCUUCCCCCGGCGACUGGGCUAGCGCUUUGGUCCUUGACCACAUUCACUUGUUCCUUCCAGGUUAACUUGAAAAGCGAGAAACAUUCUACCAGCGAUAAGGGAGCCGUUGGAUGGAGGCGACAAUGGAUCAAACAAGCAACGAGUUUAUUCUUUUUCCCUUCCAGUUGGAGCGUAGAGUUUCUCCGACGUCAACAUCUUUGCUGAACCGGGCUUGCAUCUGUACCAGGUAAAUUUUCUAGCUUUUCCUCGCAGGUCCUUCUAAAACUCGCAUUGUCGUGCUUUACAGAUGAAAGCUUCGGGAUGGACCGGAUUCGUCAUGAGUACGUCAGUUGGAUGCUCGAGAGUGGACUGGCUUUGCUGGUGAGUGGUGCAUCACAACACACACCAAAAAAAAAGAAGUAAAGCUGCUAUCGCGAGGCAGUACUUUGAUGCAGAUUCCCGUUCGUGGUGGUGGUCUACCUAUGUAAACAAAGCCACUUUCGUCGGGCUGCGAGUUUGGAGGCAAUGGAGGAGGCUACAGUGAUGUUUGCCGGUUGUCUUCUGAAUGUCCGAAGAAAUUCUACUCUGCAAAUCACACCGGAGAAGGUCAUACGAUAUGGAGAUGGCUCGGAGUGGAACAGCGAUGUGGGGUAUGAUAAUGAAAAGCUGUGAUGCGAUGCGAGACGUUCAGUUCUCGAGUCUCCAUCGAACGACUGUGGAUCUAAAUGCCGAACUACUUGAGCUUGCCAACAAAAGAUGGAAAGGAAGAAAAACCAGAAGGAAGGAAAGGUAGUUUCUUCUGGUUUCAUAGCCAGCAGAGUUUGGCCGAUUUACAGGGCGUCCGUAUUGACAAUUUUGUCUAUGUUCGUCACCGACGCUCACAGACAGCUUGCCAAACUUUGUACCAAAUAUUCCAAAGGUCAAGAUUGGCCACCGGCGAGCUGAUUAAGCGAAAGAAAGAAAAAAAAAAAUCACGCCGCUACGGAACAAAGGAUCCUUUCAAAUCGAAAAGGCCUUGUACGGUAUGACAAGCCACAAGAACAAGAGAUGUUAACGCGCGGUAAAAUAAUUCCACUUACCGACGUGCGUGCCGGGUUUUUGCCUGGAUCCUUCUUCUCACACGGAAGAGAAGAUUUUUGUUACCCCUGGGGAAAGGGGGAAAAUCUCUCCAUUUGCCCAUUUUUCGGUCGAGGGAGCGGAGCUUUUUUGCUCCUCGAUUUCUUGCUCAGUGUCAUUGUCAAAGCCUCGCCCGUGCAGCAGCAUUGUUUGUUUGUUGGCAUAUCGAUUCCAAGCCAGUGUUGCUCGGCACCUCUCCUCGUCGCUUUAUAGACAGGGAGAGGAGGACAAGAAGAGAGUGAGCGAUUCCUCCAAGUGGGUCGCGGGCGACGCGCAAUCCGGGCGCGACCCACAUCGCAGCGCCGCCGGAUCGAUGAACCCUCGAGCGCGAUUGGGCGGCGCAGGUAGGAAAUGGAUCCGAUCGAGCAGCAGGGGAUGCGGGAUUGAUAGAACAGGGGAAAAAUGGAGAUGGGCUGAGAAGAGGAAUCAUGGCUCCUCCACAGCGGAGUCGCGAUCCCUGGGCUCGCGAUGGGGGCGGCGAUGACGCCGAGAUCUCGUAGCCUGGAUCGCCGCCAUCGAGCGCGGCGGGCGCCUACAAUGCUCGUCGCGGCAGUGAUUGAGCUCCUCGUCCUCUGGGCGGUUCUUGGGCGAGCGGCAUUGCCAGGAUCCCAGACCCAGAGCCUGCUGCGCCUCCAGAAGCUCCUGGGGGAUCCAUCGGCGCUGGGCGGGUGGAGCGCCAACACGUCGUUUUGCUCGCUGCCGCCAUCGCCGAUGCUCAACGUCUCGUGCGCCUACGCGGAUCAGUCGGGAACCCAGACCGUGAUCUUGCUCCAGAUUGUGGGUGACAAGCUUCCAAUCACGGUGGAGCAAAAGGAGUCGGCCAACUACACGGAAUCACAGGUCCGCCUCCCGGACGACUUCUCGAUCAUCACUCUGGCCAACACGCUCGUCAAGUUCCCCGACCUCCGCACGCUCACGCUCGUCUCCCUCGGCAUCUGGGGCCUCGUCCCCGCCAGCCUCGACCACCUCCGCUCGCUCGAGCUCCUCAACCUCAGCUCCAACUUCCUCUCCGGCUCCAUCCCCGACCGCUUCGCCUCCCUCGGCAGCCUCCAGUCGCUCGCCCUCGACAACAACAUCCUCCGCGGGACCUUCCCCACCGCGCUCAACGUCCUCCCCAACCUCGACACCCUCCAGCUCUCGCACAACCAGAUCGCCGGCACCAUCCCCUCGCAAAUCUCCCUCUUCGCCAGCCUCAAGACGCUCGACAUGGACCACAACUUGCUCUUCGGCGCGCUCCCGGACUCCAUCUCCAACAUGAGGGUGGCGGAGACCAUCUCCAUCUCGGACAACUUCCUGGCCGGCGUCGUACCAAACUUGAGCCGGGUGGCGAGCCUGCGCACUCUCAACUUGGCCGGGAACCAGCUCGGCCCCUCCUUCCCGGGCCUCGGCCAGGGCCUCGUCUCCGCCAACCUCGAGAGGAACCGCUUCUCCGACUCCAUCCCGGACAGCCUGCGCGGCCUCUCCCAGCUCAAGCUCCUCAACCUCUCGCUCAACUCCAUCCCCGGGGCGCUGCCGGGAUGGAUCUUCUCGCUGCAAAGUUUGGAGACGCUGGUGCUGGAUCACAACCGGCUGUCCGGGACUCUUCCCAGUGCUGUGACGCUGGCGAGCGGGCUGCGAUACGUGGACAUCUCCACGAAUCUUUUGAUGGGGGAGGUCCCCGCGGAGCUGCGGUCCGGGAGGAUCACGUUGCAUGUCGAGGAAAACUGCUUCUCCGGGCAGGAGAUCCAGCUCCAGCAGCAGCAGCCGCAAGAGUAUUGUCUCAAGGCGCAGAGGAUGAUACCGGUUGGAAGUGGUGGUGGGAGUGGAGGUGGCGGAAGCUCUGGCGAUGGUGGAAGUGGGGGACCGGGCUCUUCUUCUGGUGGAUCCAAGCGGCGGUGGAAAGGUGGCGUUGUAGCUGGGAUCGCCGGCGGAGUCAUGGCCGUGGGUGCUGCCAUGGCUUUACUGCUGGUGAUACUGCUGCGCUUCUCCAAGAGAGGGAAGCUCAAGCUCAAGCAUGCGGCUGCUACUUGUGCGAACAACUCGUGUGCUGAUACGGCCUCGGUGGGAGUUCCCGUGGAGCUCCUCCAUAGCACGAGAUACUUGGCUCAAUCCGGGACUGUCGGAGCAACCGGACCAAACCAAUGUCGGGUUUUCUCGCUGCUGGAGCUGGAAGAGGCCACGAGUCGAUUCAGCCAAGGUUUACUCAUUGGAGAGGGCGAGUAUGGAAAGGUGUUCAGAGGAAAGCUUGACGAUGGAACGCUGGUCGCGAUCAAAUGCCUGGUUAUCGAUUCGAGGCAGGAGAUGAAGCAGCUCAAGGCACAUUUGGAGUUCCUGUCGAGGAUCCGACACAGGCACUUGGUCAGUCUCUUUGGCUACUGCCUCGAGCGAGAGAAGGAUGGACCCCAGCACCGGCGGCUCUACCUCGUCUCCGAGUUCAUCGAUAAUGGCACUCUUCGCAGCCAUCUCUUCAAGCGAAAAUUGAAGGAGUCUUUAACGUGGCAAAACCGGCUGGUCGCGGCUCUCGGCGCCGGCCGGGGUAUACACUACCUUCACACGGGCGUCGUGCCGGGGAUUUUCAACAACGACGUGAGGAUCACGAACAUUUUGCUGGAUCACAAUUUUGUAGGAAAAGUGAGCGAUUUUGGAUUAGCCAGGCAUCCCGAGAGCGAGUCGUACCAGUCGUAUGGAUCCGACCAUGUUUUCACACACAACGCUGUCACAUACAUCGAUUUGGAUCACAGUAACAGGAAGCUGGCCACGGACAAGAGAGAUGUGUAUAACUUUGGACUUACAUUACUCGAGAUUGUUCUCGGGAGACCACCAACCGUAGACAAUCCCAUGGCCAUGAAACCCAAAGUCCAAGAGCUCGAGAUGAUGCUGACGGACAGUGUGUUUCGGACGGAGAUGGUGGACUCGGCGAUCUCGGGAACUUGUUCCGAGGAUUCUCUGUCGACGGUGCUGGAGAUUGCUGCAAAGUGCCUGUCGAGUGACCUCACCGCCAGGCCCUCGAUGGAAGACGUCCUGUGGAACCUCCAAUAUGCAGUCCAAGUCCAAGACCAAAGAUUUAGUGGAGAGUACCUCGAAGACUCCAGUGGAAGAGAAUAAACUCCGUCGGCAAGGAAGAGCAAGGACGCGCACUAUUAAAUAACACCAACACACGAAGAUAUUAGAAAAGCAGAGACGAUCAUAGAGGACUUACGACGCGACGCGGGGAAGUUUUUCAAGAACGUUGGAACAUCGAUGCGAGCAUCAAUCGAAACACUGCGACAACAAGCAAGUAGAGACGUGCGAACGAAAGUUGUGUAGAAAGUGUGUCGAAUUUAAUGCACAUCUGGUAGUAGAAUACUGUUCACUGUUCUACUCACCGCAAAACGCCAGCAAUCUUCUGGACUGUCUGUAUGCUCUUCACGGAAGAGAAGAAUGGAGAAAAACGACAGCUGAGGGAAAUAGCAUCCUGGAGCAGAAUUUGGCUGUAACAACACGACAGCUCUUGUAAGAAAGAUAUUUAUAUUUUUGGUCUUCAAAAU